GCUGUCGAGGAUAUAUGUAUAUAUACAGAGAGUAAUGAGAGGUGAACAUUAUGCUCCAUUAGGUUACUUGUCUCUGCAUCGGUCACUCAUUAGCUUCCAAUACACAAAUAUAUCAAGAUGUCACUUGAUGCAAACACUGGGAAGACACAUGUGGAAGAGCCACUGGAAUGCAACAAUAUUGCAGUAAUAAAGAAGAACGAGUUUCACUUAGUUCAAGUCAAGGGCACAUGGAAACGCAAAUCGGGAAAUAAAUUGAAUAAAAAUAUAAAGGGUCGAGUAUCAGCUGCCAAAAUCUAUGAGAGCACCAUGGAGCAAGGCACCUCCUGGACAGUGGUCAGCCCUAUCAUCUUCACCUACAAGGUGACAGAGUCCCUGGGCUUGCUGGACCCCAGCAACGACACUCUGCUCCUGGGGCACAUUAGGGACCCCCAGCAGCUGGAGGCCCUGAGGAACAGCAUCAGCACCAAGCCCCUCAGGCGCUUCGUGGUCAUGGACCAGACCGUCUACAACCUCUACGGCUGCCAGCUCACAGACUACUUUGAGGCCCAUAAUGUUCUCUACAGGAUCCUGCCCCUGCCCACCACCGAGGAGAACAAGUCCAUGGAGCUGGUGAUGAGGAUCCUGGAGGAGGUCCAUAAGUUCUCCCUGGACAGACGCACAGAGCCCAUCAUCGCCAUCGGAGGAGGAGUCUGCCUGGACAUAGUGGGCUUGGCGGCAUCCCUGUACAGGAGACGCACCCCCUACAUCCGCGUCCCUACCACCCUGCUCUCUUAUGUCGACGCCAGCGUGGGGGCAAAGACUGGGGUGAACUUUGCCAACUGUAAAAAUAAGCUGGGUGGCUACAUACCCCCGGUGGCUGCUUUCCUAGACCGCUCCUUCAUUCAAACUGUUUCUCGAAGACACAUCUCCAAUGGGCUGGCCGAAAUGUUAAAGAUGUGUGCUCUACAGAUGGCCUUGAUGAAACACAGAGGUCUCUUUGAGCUUCUGGAGACCAACGGCCAGUUCCUGUUGGACUCCAAGUUCCAGUCUGACAGCGGUCUUCAGGGGGACAACAAAGAUGCUGCCUCCGUGUCCACACGCAUGGCCAUAGAAGCCAUGCUAGAGGAGCUGGCCCCCAACCUGUGGGAGGACGAUUUAGACAGACUAGUAGACUUUGGUCACCUUAUUAGCCCAGAGCUGGAAAUGAAGGUGCUCCCUUCCUUGCUGCACGGAGAGGCGGUGAACAUCGAUAUGUCCUACAUGGUUUAUGUGGCCCGUGAGAGAGGCCUCAUGACAGAGGAGGAGAAGCUGCGGAUUAUAGGCUGCAUGGGGGGGCUGGAGCUGCCUGUGUGGCACCAGGACGUUACCAUGGCACUAGUGCAACACUCACUUUGUGAGAGGCUGAAACACUCUGGUGGGCUGGUCAGGAUGCCUCUACCCAUUGGCCUAGGGCAUGCAGAGAUCUAUAAUGACACAAGUGAUGACACCCUGUACAGAGCGUUUGAGAAGUGGUGUGAUGAGCUGCGACCAAGCGACCUGAACUAGUCCAAAUAUUUUGCAUUACUGUAGAUUAUUUACUUUGAAUGAUUUAAAUGAUUAAAACAAGGAUGUGGCAUUUCUGCUUGACAUGUUGACACAGAUAUCUAGAAUGCUCAACAGUUGUUGUAGCUGAUAUUUGUUGGUGCUGUUGAUUGUUCAGGUUAACUUGAUUUGAUAGAAAAUUGCAAGCGAUGUCUUGUCCUAUUGAACAAUACAGGCCCCUCACAGUUUCACUACUACAUUACAAAAAGGGAAAUUCAAAACUUUAUGUAUGAUGACUUUGUAUUGCUAUUGAUGUUUUUGAUGUCUCAAAUGUUCUCAUUAAAUCGUUUUGUGUUUUAAAUACACAAUUACAAACACUUUAUUUAGGAGCAAUGCACUUUUAUAUUGUACAAAAUACAGUUGAAGUCUGAAGUUUACAUACACUUAGA